AUUUUACAUACGAGAUGCACAUGCGGGCGGGCUGUAGGAGGGUACACUCGGAAAACAACUCGCACACAGAUUCUGUACAUAUCUGACGUGGCGUGGCGGCGGGUCAUCACCAUGUCUCAAGUGCGCAUUGUUGGGGAGCUGGAGUUAUUAAGUAGGUGGAGUAAUAGAUAACCCGCAUUCGCAUAUCCUGUCCGUCUCCUACAUACAUACGGAUGAUAGAGUCCUCAUCCAGCACUUUCUCUCGGGCAGCUCCUAAACGACAGCAGAAAUAACCGGUAAAGAUGGUGUAUACCACGCAGGCAACCUUCUCGGGCGUCUCCCUGGACGCGGCGGGCCUCGUCGCCCUAGCCGACCUUUCCAGCAUCGCGACCCGAACCGCCAUCGUCGGCUCGGCCUCCGCUCUCGACUCGCUAUUUCUCGCUCCGGGAAUCCACCGACAGCAGUUUACCGCCGAAGUGAUCAACAACGGCGAGCAGCCGGCGACAGCCGCACUCACCACCGAAUAUGUCUUUCGCAUCGAGAACCAGGCCACCGUGAGCUUCCUGCAGCGGGUCGGCGUGACGGGACACCUCGUCAACCUCAAGGUGGAGCGGGAUAAGACGCAUAGGCUUUUCGAUCGUUAUUGCUUCAAGGGCGGGGUGUGGAGCUCGAUCCUGUACCUGCUCGGGCCCGUCUUGACGGUGGUGUCGCUGGCGGUUCUGGGGGCGUUGGGUGAUUGGUGGGGGUUGGGAUCGGUUUCGGCGCUGGUCAUUGCACGACUAAUCAAUGUCGUUGUGAUGCGGAGGAGGAGUAAACUCGGAUGGAAAGGGUUGGAAGAGCCAGGCGAAAUCGGUGAUCUUCUAGUGCUUGUCAGUCAAGACCGAUGGAUCCGCAUGCAGGGCCUGGUGAACGACCUCAAGACCGUCACGGCCGGCUCCUGGCUUCGAAACACGACAUCGAUGGAGGGCUUCGCGGUAGCACUCGCCACGCUGAUCGUCUACGCCACGGCGGCCCUCGCCGGCAACGCCACUCGAAUCGGAAGCUUGAUACUCCUAGGACUGUUGUUAUGUUCGGCCGCGUUACUGGGUCUGAGCAACGAGGUUGCAACACAUAUGCACAUGCAUGGAUGUCGGAUCUCGAUCGUUGGGGAAAAGAAGGCGUAUGAAAGGAGGUUGGAUAUGGCGUUGGAGCUCAUACACGAAACCGGGAGGGAGGAUUGGGCUAUCGGGCUGGGGAUGAUCAAUACACGGGCCGGGAGCGCGGCCCGCAGGGGUGAAAAGGUCGGGGAAAAGGUGGAAGUCAGAGCCUGUGUACUUUAGAGUGUCUGCUUGCUGUUGGAUAGCCGUGACUCGGAUUUGGACGGUUGGGAUGGUAGUGGUGUUGGUAGCGGCGGCGUCGGUGACAGUCUGGACUGUUUUUUCUUUCUCGAUUUUCGGUAUCCAUUUUCUUUCUGGGUUGGAGUUGAAUGGUUGUUUGGAUUUUGGACGAGGUAUGGAGUUUGGAGGUGUAAUUUCCAGGUACAUAGAAGCAGAAAUGGUACUGAGCGAGAGGAAGACCUGUCGGCGGGAGGAAACAAAUGUGGUUAGUAGUGGGCAUCAACGUUGGAGGGAAUCAACUUUGGCGGGCAUAGCGGGGUCUUCUUCUUCUUCUUUCUUGAUCAUCAUCUUCUUCUUGCUCGAUCAUCAUCUACAGAAUAGACGAUCAACCCCUAUCACCUCUUUCUUUUUGGGCCUUAUGUGUUCUCC